AAAGGAUAAUAGUAGAUCAUCUUUUUUUUAUUUCCCGUCUUUAAAAAAGAGUUGUAGAAUUUCCUCCAUGUUCUUUGUAUUGAGAAUUCUAUAUACACAGAUGGUUCUACAUCCUCCAAAUUUAGAAAACCUUUUUUCCCCAUCCCCUGGAGUAGUUAGCUUUGCACAGCUAUCCUUCCCUAAAUGCAGCCCGGAGCAGAGUCCCGGUGGUGUCUGAGAGAACCCAGCGAUCCGGAGCCAACUUGAGGCCCUGUAGUUCAGGGAGACCCUGAAACCUGUGAAUGAGCUUCCUGAACCCAAACCUUGCCACUCCUCAGUUUCUUUUUGGCCCUGAGUACAGAACGGAAUUUGCAGCAGCUGAUGAAGUAUGGCUAAAUGGGCCAGGCAGUGAUCCUUUAAAGCUAAACCCCAUUCUAUAGUGUGCACAGAGCAUGCUGCUUUGCAAUAUGGCUUCACCCUUGAUGCUAAAAAAACCUAUUAACAUAAAGACUCUGCUUUUCCUACAGUUGACUCUGCCUCAGUACAUCUGGUGAGCGGCAAGCCUGAUGCCUGCUCCCUAAGUCCCCCCGUCCCCCACAGUUAGGCUAAGACCACCUUGCUGAGGCCAUGCAGCCUCUGUGCAUGGUGAGGCCUGAGCCUACAUGUCCGGACCUCGUGCUGGCAGGCCCAAUGACACUCCAGAAAGAGCCACCACCUGUGGCAAAGUUGUCAGCAGCUGAGUCAGCUGCCAAAGUAAAAAGUGUACUAACGCUGCUUACCAGGCCACGAUAAAGGCCACCUGCAAGACUGCAGAAGCGAACUGUGGCACAAAACACUGUGCUGCGAGUGGCCACAUGAGAAACCAGUGGGCCCACACCCACCGUGCCACAUCUGUCAGAAGCCACCAUCUCUGAGGAUCAUUUUGUUUCUCAAGUGCCGUGUCCCUGAGCCAGUCCACCAGACGUGGAGGCUUGGGGAAAAGGCAGUGAAGACCCUCGUCACCCGGCCAGGUUCUGCCCAAUUUGAGAAUUUGAAACCAAGCAGGAAGGCAGAGGAAGACUAAAUUCUCAUCUUUAUUGCUAAUAAGCUGACAUUAGAGAUUAUGUCUCAUGUCUGGGCCUGUAGGUAUCUUAGUACCGAACUCAGAAUCGGAACCUUCCUAGGCAACAGGCGGACCUGAGCAGCCCUUCACACACAGGAGCAGACGUUGCACCUGCAAGGGGGAGGCAAAGCAGGUGCUACUGGUGGGCAGCUCUGUGCCCUGAAAGCAGGAGUGCAGCCCAAUCAUGCCUGCCCAGUUUUCCCUUCCUAUGCAUGCCAGUCUAAUUCCUGAGUCCUGCCCCCAAGAGAGGCAUUUGGGGGUUAAAGAGAGACCAGGAGCUCCUGGAGGACCACCUAGAUGGAGAGAACAUCAGGAGUGAGGUUGAAAUACACCACACACAGCCCCACCCUCACCCCAAGACUCCUCCCUGACAUUAUAGUAGGAGGUCAAGUAUUUGCUACAGAGUUGGAUAGCAUACUUAAUGCUGAUGGCUUUGUGUGCAUCUUAACAGUUGACAACAACAUCAUCACAGCUUGACACACAUUACUUCAAUUAGCAUGCGUUCUGUGUGCUUAGAACCACAUUAGGCCCUAAGAGACUCCAGAGAAACACAUGGCCCAAUUCAGCCUCAUCCUCUGUAGAGGGCAGAUGGGGACAGUAUUUAUGUUUAUGAAAUUUAGAGGAUAGUUGUCAACUUGUCACGACAGGACAUUAGCAACAAACACCCAUGAAUGAAAGUUUGUUGUGAGCCAUGCUGGCCUGUAAACAGCCUUCAGGAUGAUUCUGGUUUUCUAGAUGUGUUUCCUUUCUCAGUGUGUCCCUCUUCAUGAGAGGAGAGGGGUUGUAUAUUACAAUUAGACAGGUUUGGGAGGGAAAUGACUUCAUGGUCUCAGUGUUGAGCUGCUUCCCUUUGCAUCUCGGGGGAAGGUGUGGUUCACCCACAGCAGGUCCGGUGAAGGAAGCACGUGUGUGUGUGUGUGGAAGGGUGGCGCUGACCUCCCAGGCAGGACAUUACCCUUCUUCCUCUUCCUGACCACGUUCCCACUGCAGUCACGGUCAUCACUCAGCUUCCUGUUGGGGAAAACCUUGGACACUGUGCACCCAUCUGCUAUAACUGGAAAACUAAGGAUGACAGAGUGUUCAAUGAUGCUGUUCAACUUGAACCCUGAGUUGACACACGGACCGCUCUGCGCUAGUAUCCAGGGCAUAGGACGUCUGAAGGAAAGAUGGAGCCAUUCUUGGUGGGGUGGAAGAGGCAGGAAACUGUUGCUCGGACAAAUCGUAUUCUGGGCCAGAGCAUCACAGAUGGGCACCAGUUGCGUCUUGAAGUGCCAUCAGCUGUAACCAAAGUUCCAGAUCCCAAGACCACAGCCAGGCGUUCCUGCCCUCAAGAACUGAAGACAAUGGAGCUCUCUGAUAGUGACCGACCCGUCAGCUUCGGUUCCACGUCGUCCUCGGCCUCUUCUCGCGACAGCCAUGGUUCCUUCGGCAGCAGAAUGACCUUAGUUUCAAAUAGCCACUUGGGCUUGUUUAACCAGGAUAAGGAGGUAGGGGCCAUAAAACUGGAGCUGGUUCCGGCCAGGCCGUUUUCCAGCAGUGAGCUGCAGAGGGACCACCCCGCCACCGGGCAACAGAACGCAGACGAAGGCAGCGAAAGGCCGCCCAGGGCGCAGUGGAGAGUGGACUCGAAUGGGACACCCAAGACGACCACAGACUCGGCCACCAGCCCCAAGCUCCUCUAUGUGGAUAGAGUUGUUCAGGAAAUUCUGGAGACCGAAAGGACUUAUGUGCAAGAUUUAAAAAGCAUCGUAGAGGAUUACCUUGACUGCAUCAGGGACCAAACAAAACUUCCCCUGGGGACCGAAGAAAGAUCAGCCCUUUUUGGAAACAUACAGGAUAUCUACCACUUCAAUAGUGAACUUCUGCAAGAUUUGGAAAACUGUGAAAAUGAUCCUGUGGCCAUAGCAGAGUGUUUUGUGUCCAAGAGUGAAGAGUUCCACAUUUAUACCCAGUAUUGCACUAACUAUCCAAGAUCCGUGGCUGUGCUAACAGAGUGCAUGAGGAACAAGAUACUGGCCAAAUUCUUCAGGGAACGUCAGGAAACUCUGAAGCACUCGCUGCCUCUGGGGUCCUAUCUCUUGAAACCAGUGCAGCGGAUUCUCAAGUAUCAUCUCCUUCUGCAUGAAAUAGAAAAUCACCUUGAUAAGGACACAGAAGGCUAUGAUGUGGUGCUUGAUGCUAUAGACACAAUGCAGCGAGUCGCCUGGCACAUCAAUGACAUGAAGCGGAAACAUGAGCACGCGGUCCGGUUACAGGAGAUACAGAGUUUGCUCACUAACUGGAAGGGGCCAGACCUGACCAGCUAUGGGGAACUGGUGCUUGAGGGAACCUUCCGCAUCCAGCGAGCCAAGAACGAGCGGACACUCUUCCUCUUCGACAAGCUGCUGCUCAUCACGAAGAAGAGAGAUGACACGUUUACAUACAAAGCUCACAUCCUGUGUGGCAACCUCAUGCUCGUGGAGGUGAUUCCGAAGGAGCCGCUCAGCUUCAGCGUCUUCCACUACAAGAAUCCCAAGCUGCAGCACACAGUCCAGGCCAAAUCCCAGCAAGACAAACGCCUCUGGGUUCUGCACCUAAAGAGAUUGAUUCUGGAGAAUCAUGCAGCCAAGAUUCCAGCUAAGGCCAAGCAAGCAAUCCUUGAAAUGGAUGCCAUUCAUCAUCCAGGCUUCUGUUACAGUCCUGAGGGAGAGACGAAAGCACUGUAUGGCUCUAAAGAAGGUUCUGCUCCGUAUCGGCUGAGAAGAAAAUCUGAACCUUCCUCACGAUCACAUAAAGUUUUGAAGACUAGUGAAACAGCACAAGACAUCCAAAAGGUUUCUAGAGAGGAAGGAUCUCCCCAGCUGACUUCAGCAAGGCCAUCUCCUGCCCAGAGAAACAGUCAGCCCAGCAGUUCUGCCAUGAUCAGCGUGCUUCGAACGGGUGGAGCCCUCAGAAACAUCUGGACCGACCACCAGAUCAGGCAAGCCUUGUUUCCCAGCCGGCGGUCCCCGCAGGAGAACGAAGAUGACGAAGAUGAUUAUCAGAUGUUCGUGCCCUCCUUUUCCUCCUCAGAUCUGAACUCUACCCGACUAUGUGAAGACAGCACUUCUAGUCGCCCUUGCAGCUGGCACAUGGGACAGAUGGAGUCCACAGAGACCUCCAGCUCUGGUCACAGGAUUGUCAGGCGGGCCAGCAGUGCUGGGGAGAGCAACACGUGCCCUCCUGAAAUAGGAACUAGUGACAGAACUAGGGAACUGCAGAACGGCCCCAAAACAGGAGGGCAGGAGGAAAUGGCCCCCUUUGGGUCAUCCAUCGAGUUGACUAUUGAUGACAUCGACCAUGUCUAUGAUAACAUCAGUUAUGAGGACCUAAAACUAAUGGUUGCUAAGCGGGAAGAAGCUGAAUCCACGCCCUCUAAAUCAGCCAGGGACUCCGUUCGCCCCAAGAGCACCCCAGAGUUAGCCUUCACAAAGAGGCAAGCUGGCCACAGUAAGGGCUCUCUUUACGCACAAAAAGAUGGCGCGCUCUCAGGUGGAGAGGUAUCCAGCCAAAGCACGCAUGAACUCCAAGCAGUUGAGGAGAACAUCUAUGACACCAUAGGGCUCCCAGAUCCUCCGUCGCUGGGUUUUAAGUGCAGCAGCCUAAAGCGUGCAAAGCGGAGCACCUUUUUGGGACUGGAGGCUGACUUCGUGUGCUGUGACAGCCUGAGGCCGUUUGUUUCCCAAGACAGCCUCCAGUUCAGUGAGGAUGAAGCCCCUUACCAUCAGGCCAUCCCCGAUCAUGAUUAUCUGAGUUUGCUGUACGACUCUCCCAGCUGUAACUUUUCUAUGCCUGAUAAGCCUGUAUCUGAUAAACUGUCUGAAGAAGUAGAUGAAAUCUGGAAUGACCUGGAAAAUUACAUCAAGAAAAACGAAGACAAGGCCAGAGACCGUCUCCUGGCAGCAUUUCCUGUGAGCAAGGAUGAUGUGCCAGACAGGCUAUACGCAGAGAGCACGCCUGAGCUGAGCCGGGAGGCAGGGCGCUCUGUGUCCACACUAUCCCUGCCCGAGAGCCAGGCUCUCCUCGCGCCUGUGAAGAGCAGGGCCGGCAGAGCCAGCCAUGCCAACUGCCCCUUUGAGGAAGACCUGAUUUCUAAAGAAGGCUCUUUUAUGAGCCUUAACCGGCUUUCUCUGGCCAGCGAAUUGCCCCUCAUGGACAAUCCCUAUGACCAGGCCAACAGUGGCCUGUCUCAAACAGACCCAGAAAACCCUGACCUGGGGUUGGAGGCCACAGAUAAGACAAAAAGCAGGGUGUUUAUGAUGGCUCGGCAGUACAGUCAGAAGAUUAAGAAGGCAAAUCAACUUUUAAAAGUGAGAAGUCCGGAGUUGGAGCAGCCGCCGGCCAGUCAGCAUCAGAAAUCCGUGCACAAAGACCUGGCUGCCAUCUUGGAAGAGAAGAAGCAAGGAGGGCCCGCCAUUGGUGCCAGGAUUGCUGAGUAUUCCCAGUUGUAUGACCAGAUUGUAUUCAGAGAGUCUCCCUUGAAAAUUCAGAAGGAUGCCUGGGCCAGCCCUCAAGAAUCCUCCCUCCUGAGGUCUGCGUCACCUUCCCAGGUCCACCAUGGUAGUGAAGAUUGGCUUCUGCAUUCAACCUAUAGUAAUGGAGAGUUAGCAGAUUUCUGUCUCCCACCAGAGCAAGACUUGAGGUCAAGAUAUCCCACGUUUGAGAUCAAUACAAAAAGUACUCCCAGGCAAUUGUCCGCAGCUUGCUCUGUACCUUCUCUUCAAACCUCCGACCCUCUGCUGGGCUCUGUGCAGAGAUGCAGCGUGGUAGUAAGUCAGCCCAACAAAGAGAACUGGUGUCAGGACCAUCUUCACAACUCCUUAGGUCGGAAAGGGAUCAGUGCGAAAUCUCAGCCUUAUCACAGGUCCCAGUCAUCUUCCUCCGUCUUGAUAAACAAAUCAAUGGACUCCAUCAACUACCCUAGUGACAUGGGAAAGCAGCAGCUGCUGUCUUUACACAGAAGUUCAAGGUGUGAGAGUCACCAGGACUUACUGCCAGAUAUUGCUGACUCGCAUCCACAGGACACUGAAAAAAACUCAGAUCUCACACUCCAAGACUCACAGAAAGUUGUGGUGGUCAAUAGAAAUUUACCCUUAAAUGCCCAAAUUGCAACACAGAACUAUUUUUCCAAUUUCAAAGAGACUGAUGGAGAUGAAGAUGACUAUGUGGAAAUCAAGUCAGAAGAAGAUGAGUCAGAGUUGGAGCCAUCUCACAAUCGUAGAAGGAAAUCUGACUCAAAGUUUGUGGAUGCUGACUUUUCUGAUAAGGUCUGCAGCGGCAACACAUCGCAUUCCUUGAAUAGUCCGCGCGCUCCAAAAAAGCCGGUUAACAGCAAACCUGAGCUUUCACCAUAUCUGACACCAUAUAAUGAUUCUGACAAACUGAAUGACUAUCUUUGGAGGGGGCCAUCCCCCAAUCAACAAAAUAUUGUCCAGUCUCUAAGGGAAAAAUUUCAGUGUCUCAGUUCAAGCAGCUUUGCUUAAGGGUCUUCAUAAUAACUGCCUGAAUCAACUUCUUAUUUUGCUCAUAAAACAUUACAGAUGCUGAUGAGGUGUUUUAUGUGUACCAGAUUAAAACAAUUUUGUAAGAACCAGAGGUGUAAAAUAUACUUUCUUUUACAGCACAACUUUUUGAAAUGGCUGACGAUGCAGCCAGGAUUGUACUGUAGCACAUGUUGGCAUCAACAGUAUAUUUUCUCAUGCUGAGUGUCUUCAUGUUUCAUGUAAGUCAAUCUUACUUGAAAUUUUUUAGACUUUUAACACGAUGGCCGUAACCUGACGAUAGUGCCCACACCUUAAGAAUGCAAUAAUCCUUUCCUGUUAUCCAGAAGGCCCAGGUAGUUUUAUCCUGUGACUUAAAGGCAGCAAGGAGAGUUUGUCACGUUUUAAAAGGCAACGAAAGCUGUUGAAAGAAUUAUGCUUAUAUCUCACAUUUUGGUUAUAUUUGUGGCAAGACCUUAGGAUAACGUAAGCCGGAGAUCUGUAAUUGGUGUGUAGUCUGAGGUGCCCAUUUUAGGGUUUUUGUGCUGGUAUUCUUUUAUGUCAUUUUGAUGCAGAAAUUGUGUGACUGUUGAAAAUCAAAAUGUAGCAGGACCCAUUUUCUGUACGCAAAACCCCUUACCACUAUUCCUGGACAAGGCCUAGAGAAUGAGCUGCUCAUCAUGUUUAUAUAUAAUUUCUGGGGUGAAAGGAAUGAUUUCCUUAAUGACUUAGAGAAAACCAUGGUCAAUAAAAUGCAGACUGACUUAACUAUUA